CUUUUUUCGCUUUUGUCGAGGGCACUUGUCAGCGUCGAAGAAGAAAAAGAAAAAUAAGGUAGGAGGGAGGGAGGAGGCGCGAGGAACUUCGGAUUUACCGGUCAGCUCGUCUAACGUCCAUUCCGGGGGGGUUGGGAUUGAAAUUCGAAUCCCAACACGCCAACCAACAUCUCCUCCUCCUCCUCCUCCACCCCCAUUUCUUCCACCACCAUCUCUCUCUCUCUGAAAAGUCCCGUUUUUGCCUCUGCUUCGCUUUGCCUCUGCUUCGCUUCGGAGCAGUUACAAAGAUGGCGUCUGAUCCUGAGCGCCCCACGCGAUCCUCUCUCGCAAAGGUGGGGAAGUCGUCGGGCGAGAUUGGCGACGCCACUCAGGAGCCUCUGAUCAAUGGCAAUGGCGGGAUUCCAGACAGCUACUCCGUUGCUGCUGCCGUUCUUCCAUUUCUGUUCCCUGCUCUUGGAGGACUGCUGUAUGGCUAUGAUAUCGGUGCCACUUCUUGUGCAACCAUUUCUGUCGAGUCGGCCACAUUGAGCGGGAUUUCGUGGUAUGACUUGUCUUCUUUACAGAUUGGUCUCAUCACUAGUGGAUCUCUAUAUGGGGCUUUGAUUGGCUCUGUCUUGGCGUUUAGUAUUGCCGACUUUAUAGGGAGAAGAAGGGAACUUAUUCUGGCUUCAGUCCUGUAUCUCGUUGGAGCUCUCAUAACAGCAUUAGCACCGGAUUUUGCUGUUAUGGUGGUUGGGCGCUUUGUGUUCGGUAUAGGAAUUGGACUGGCUAUGCACGCUGCUCCGAUGUACAUUGCUGAGACAGCUCCAACUAAGAUACGUGGUCAGCUUAUAUCUCUCAAGGAGUUCUUUAUUGUUCUUGGGAUGGUUGCAGGAUAUGGGAUUGGUUCCCUCUUGGUUGAUAUUGUUGCCGGGUGGCGUUACAUGUAUGGAGCCAGCAUGCCUUUGGCUGUUGUAAUGGGAAUAGGAAUGUGGUGGCUGCCGUCAUCACCUAGAUGGCUACUAUUGCGUGCCAUACAGGGCAGAGGCAACAUGCAGGAACUGAAAGAUAACGCCAUAUAUUGUUUGUACCGGAUUAGGGGCCCAAUUAUUGGUGAUUCUGCCCCAGAGCUAGUUAAUGAGAUCCUGGAAGAGCUUGCCUACGUUGGAGAAGAAAAACAAGUUUCAUUCCGUGAAAUAUUCCAGGGGAAAUGCUUGAAAGCUCUUAUAGUUGGUGGUGGAGUGGUCUUGUUCCAGCAGAUUACAGGGCAACCUAGUGUACUUUAUUAUGCAGCAACAAUCCUUCAGAGUGCAGGGUUCUCUGCUGCAUCUGAUGCAACACGGGUGUCCAUUCUUUUAGGACUCUUGAAGCUCAUAAUGACGGGUGUAGCUGUUCUUGUUGUUGAUAGAGUUGGAAGGAGGCCCUUACUGCUUGGGGGCGUUUCAGGGAUGUUUGUCUCUUUACUCCUUCUUGGAUCAUACUACCUUUUCCUGGAUGAUGUUCCGGCUGCUGCUGUUGUUGGUUUGUUGUUAUAUGUUGGUUGCUAUCAGGUAUCUUUUGGACCUAUUGGCUGGCUGUUGAUUUCAGAGAUUUUCCCUUUGCGCCUACGAGGGCGAGGACUCAGCAUGGCCGUGCUUGUGAAUUUUGGUGCAAAUGCAUUGGUGACUCUUGCAUUUUCUCCUUUAGUGGAUUUGCUGGGAUCUGGACUUUUGUUCUAUGGAUUUGGAGUGAUAACUUUGGUGGCCCUACUGUUCAUAUUCUUCAUCGUGCCGGAGACAAAGGGGCUCACUCUCGAGGAAAUCGAGGCAAAAUGCUUGUAGAAUUUUUCUGGGCGAUCUAGCUUAGUGUUCCUACCUGAUAUUGUGUAUGCGAGAAGCGUUAGAGGGAGACCCGAAAGUGGUUGAUCAUUAUAACGUCGGUCUGCACUUUUUCAGGAUGCAGUCACAGUCAAUGUUAAGCUGGUAUUAUUCAGAGUCCCCGUUUCUAGAGUAGACUGUAAUAAACCUUUCGGGGUCGUUGUGUAAUUGAGUGGGUGAUAGGCCAAGUUUUGCAUGCGCUGUGCGUACUGCGUACAGCACGAUAUUUUAUAUUCGGCUUUACUUAUUGUAGCUGUAUACUUUAGCAGCGCAAGUGUAAUGAAGACCAGUAAUUUGACUCAAAAACAGUUGGUUAUUGCGGCGA